AUGCCUAGAAAGCCGGCAUCUGCCUCGCGCCCGAAUCCGCUUCUCCCUCCAGAGUCCAGUCUUUCAAAACGACCAAAAUAUCCACGAACCCCCGUUGCUAUGACUGGUCUUCCGGCUGCAAAUAAUUUCAGAGUCGGCGAGGUCGUUAGCCCGGAUCUGUCACUGCCAAACAGUCCGAUUCAAGCACGUCGAAAUGCCGAAAAAGAGGCAGCGAGACAAGAGAAGGAAGAAAUCGAACGAAUGCGACAAGCCUGGAUGCAAAAAAUGCAUGAGGCUAAAAAGAUCACCGACCUCGUCGAAGCCUUCUUAAGAACAUGGCAACAGGAAGAGGCAUUGGUCAGACGAAGGCGAGAGGAAGAGGCCGCAAAACGACGAGCCUGGACGCGGAAGCUGCGUAAAGCCGAGCAAAUAGCCAAUCUCGUUGAAAGCUUCGGCUGGGACGACAAGACAAGCAUGGACCGUUACCUCCAGCUUCGUUCACUGGUGGCAAGAGGAAAGGAACUCGAGCACGGCCUGCAAGAUUCCUAUCAGAAGAGCGGGCUAAAUCCUCGUACCAGGCAGGUUGCCAAUUCGGCGUUGCACUCUCUAGUGGAGGCCUUUGAUCAUCCGGAUCUUGCCUGGACCCAACAUUGCCUUGGUGAGAGCCGACUGGGUAGACGGCGGUCCCUCCCCGCGAGAGAAGGAAAGACUCGUCCAUCCCUGCCUUCUCGUAUCAAAUUCUCAUUGGUUGAGUUGAUGACUCUUCAAGAUGAGAUGGCUGACACCGCUGCGAUGAUAUGUGUGCAUCUGCAUGAGUUGCGCCAGCUGAGAAGAAAGCGGCUUCAACUUGCUUGGGCGGCAGAACUCUACAGCUACUACAGAUUCACUCUUCCACUAGAAUACCUCGCAGAGGCUGCCAGCCAGACAGCCACACGAAUCAGGAACAACUACCUUCAGUUCAGGAAGGGGGCCAAACUGCUCUAUCAUCCAUUCUCGCCUAGGCUGGCUAAGAUUAUCGAUGAUGAUCCCGUCCUCUACCAUAUCGGGAAAGUACAGUGGCUGAGUAGGGUCAUUGUGCGCGACAUUCGGGACGAGCUUUCGCAAAUCUCCUCCUCAGUCCUGCAGAGGGAACUGUUUUCAACGUAUCAGCCUCUUAGCACUUACAACGCAUACUUUCCGCUGUUGAAGACCCACAUAGAUCACUUUGCUCACGGCUGUUCGAACGAAAAACUGCUGAGACUUUCAAGCAGGCUUUCAGAAAUCCAAAGAGAUAUCCGACUGCUUGGCGACUUCACGUGGCUUUGGACAGGGAUCUCUAAAGUCUCUUUGCUCGAUCGCUACUGCUCGAAUGACUAUCAUGCCUCGAUGGAUCAAGCACACGUAGGUCCACCGGCUUCCACCAUCAUUCGCGCCAUUGUACCAUCUGCUCAAGUCAGCGCUGCUCAUACUGCUCCAUGGGCAACUCCAACGCCCCUUUAUCCGCUCGGCCCGGCGGUCCCCAUCCUCUAUGUUACGACAUUCUCUGGCCUCACCAGUGUCUUACCCCGAUUCAGCGAUCCUGAGCGCUGUAAAUACUUGGCCUUCGACACUGUUCAGAGCCCUGGCACGGAGUGUCACCCUUCGAUCCAAUUUUUGACCCUCGCAAGCGAACACGAGGUUGCAGUUAUACAAUUCGGGUCAAUCAAUUACUAUUCGAUUCUUCAGGAUGAACCAUUUCGGGAUGUCAUGAAAAACCCCGCAAUUCUCAAAGUGGGUGUGGACGUCGAGUCGCAACGGCGACUCUUGGCAGCUGGUCCAGGUAUUGAGGUGGAAGGUCUAAUCGAGCUCCAUACUUGGGAGGACCAUGAUAAGUCUCUGAAUGACAUAUCUUUCAACAACGGUCGAAGUCGGAGAAUCUCGUCAAUUGCUGCUCGAUCUCUCGGAUUUCCUCUGCCGCCUUUGGAUCUAGACCAGGCGGUCAAGGAUUUGUUCAAGUUCAAAGUCGUUCGUCGCAUCCAGGCCACUGAGUCCGGCGAUCCAUUGCAGUUCUUGACCCACCUCGCCUCGCGAGCGUACGCCAUCCUGCGAAUCUACCUAGCGUCCACGACAAGUGGCUCCCUGAGUUCAACGCCAACGGCCCAUCCGUCCCUCGGGCCAGUCGAGGUCUACGGCCAAGCACGACACCCUGGGAAUAAUCCCGAGUUUCGCAUUUCGCGAAUGAAGUACCUGAAAAUCAUGGCGCAAUUUCUCGCUACUAGAACCACCUUCUGGGCUCGGUCGGAUAUUCAGGCAACAGAUCUAUCCUCACGACGUCAACAGAAAAAGCGACUGACGGCUUACUUUCUCUUCACAACCUUUAACGAACGCCUCGAGACGAUUGAGGAGAUUUUGGGGAUGUCCCAGGUCGCAUCGAAUAUCCUUGCCAUUGUCAAUGACGCUCAGCUGCCACUGCGAACUCAGGACGCCGGCUUACUUGAACGUUAUCGCAGAAUUCACCAUGAGGAUAUGUCGAUCCUGGGUAUUCAGUCUGAUCUGAAUAUUCCUUUGAGAGCAAGAUCUUAUAUGGCUCCCACCAUGGCAGGCCAAAACGCGGAACCCACAAGUGGCCCCAUGGGAGAAGUUGCGUGGAAGUCGACGAAUCCUCCUGCCAGGAGGAAAAGAAGGCCCACUGCGAGCUCAGUCCUGAAGAAGCCAACCUCACAUUUUGCCAAUCAGUCUACUUCGACAUCCUUGGAGAUUCUGGCAUCGGGUGAAUGGUCGCUCGAUUCUGAUAGUAUACCUAUCAGACGGCUUGCCACUGAUAGAUUGAGCAGGGCAGAGCGCCGAAGGCUUCAAACUAAGAUAAGGCAACAGCUCAGCCGGACGCGAAUGCAAGUGGGUGAACUGGAAGUCGAAGAUGUAUUUGCCUCACCAAUACCGGAUUCUCCUCGUGCCGAAACAAAGCCUCUCGGAGAACAGCUUGGUCGAAAGAAAUCGAAGAAGCGGUCCAUGACCAACGCUGGGGGAUCUUGGAUGCCGAAGACAGUGAAAUACUCGAACCCCGCUGAUUGCGCAAUCCGCAGCUCCAUCAACGACCCUGGGCAGGGCAGGACGUCGAGUUUCCGAAAUAAGGGAACAGUUCGAGCCAUCGAUGGAUUGACCCUGGCACAGCGCAGGAAAAGAAAGAGAUCCUCGAACGGACAAGCCUAG